AUGGUGUUGAUGUUGAUGUUGUUAGAUGAUCUGAUCGAUUCUAUUCACUCACUCAUAUAUAAAAACGAAGGAGAGGCAUCACAAAUACCGGAGCCGAUUGUGGAUCUUACCAUUACAUUGUCUGUUCUCUGUGAGGGUGUCAAAACCAUCGAGUACACUUCAAGUAUUGCUUGGCAUCAAACAAAAUUCUUCGAACCACCAAGAGGAGGUAUAGAACCAAUUCCAAUGGCCUCACCAGCGCCAUCUGUCCCCGAUACUCAACUCGGCCUCACAGCCGACGAAAUUGCUCUUCUCCGACACCAUCAAUCCCAAGCGGCCGCGAACGCAGGCUCAAAUUCUUCUCGCGCAGCCUCGCGAGCCUCAUCCCAGGGACUCCUACUUCUGGACACCACUUCCCUCGCCGCACUCGGACGACACUUUGAUCAUCUCAUCUCACAAAUCGCAGCCAGACUCGAGUAUCUAUCCGAACAAUCAGCGAUUGUAGCACAGCAACAAUACGACAGCGCGGGGAAUGCGAUUGCGAUGGCCGAUGCGGAGAUAGCGCGGUUUCAUGAGAUUCUCAGACAGAUUGAUGAGCUAGAAUUGGAUUUCGAUCGCAUAAGGCAUAUUAGGGAUAUUGUGAGGGGAUACAGACAGCGGGUGGAGGAAAUGGAACAAGCGGUGGAGAGGGGCGCUAGUGCGCAUAUGAGUGGAAGUAGACACAGACAUAGGGUUCCUCAGGAGAGCUCUGGUAGUUCGAGAAGACAUCGGAGAUGA